CCGCUCUGCCGCUGAAGACGGGCUAGUCAACCGAAGAAAAAGGAGUCAACCCCUCUUUUUCCAAAAGCGUGGACACAACCAACACCGAAAACGAAAACGAUGUGAGAUGUAUAUAUGCUGUACUUUGCGAAUAUAUUAAAGCUGAACCCUACCGGCAGGAACCCGACACAGGUUCAAAUUGAUGUCUUUCCCCUCUUCUUUUGGGUUCCCCUUCUUCACCUUCAUCCAUCUCGUUAUUUUACUCCAAGCCCGGCUCACAACACACUCUUGAAACCUUGAUCGGGCUUUAUACAAAUCACGCAUCGUUGUGGGAGUACAUAUUCCAGGUACCAACACCUCUGUCAUACAAGUCUUCGUUCAUCCCCUCAUCAACAAAGACGCAACCAUGGAAUCAACCCACGAGCCCGCCGACCCUGUCGCCAAGGGCAUCCUCCCCACAGCCCGUCAGUCAUGGAAGGACCUCUUCAUCUGGAAGCAGCGCGUCGUCGUGACCAACGUGUACGGCGAGACUGCAACAGAAUGGGCAAAACCCGUGCCUCUGAAGAACCCCAUCAGCUUGCUCGCCCAGCUCUCAGGCCGUGACUGGAUCUGCUUUACGGUCGGAUUCUGCGCCUGGAGUGCCGAUGCCUUUGACUUCCAUGCCUUGUCCAUCCAGCAGGUCAAGCUGGCGGCCUACUAUGGAGUCAGCAAGACCAGUGUGUCGACGGCGAUUACGUUGACGCUGCUGCUUCGGUCGAUUGGCGCUGCUGCGUUUGGUCUGGCUGGUGAUCGAUGGGGGAGAAAGUGGCCGAUGGUGGUCAACAUGAUCGUUUUGGGCAUCUUGCAGAUUGCUACCAUCUACAGCUCGACAUAUUCGCAGUUCCUUGGUGUGAGAGCUUUGUUUGGAUUGUUCAUGGGUGGAGUGUACGGUAACGCAAUUGCAAUGGCCUUGGAGAACAGCCCGGUCGACGCCCGCGGUUUGAUGUCAGGUAUUCUUCAGCAAGGUUACGCCUUUGGUUAUGUGUGCGCCGCGUGCGCCAAUCUUGGGGUCGGUGGCGAUACCGAUAGCUGGAAGACCGUAUUUUGGAUUGCUGCUGGUUUGUCCAUUGGUGUUGGCAUCAUCCGCUGCUUCUUCCCCGAGUCCAAGCAGUUCCUUGAUGCACGCAAGGAAGGCAAGGCGCACGCCAACCCGUCCCAGUUCUGGAGGGAAACUAAGGUGAUGCUUCGCCAAGAGUGGAAGAUGUGUGUCUACUGCUGCAUUUUGAUGACUUGGUUCAACUACUACAGCCACACCUCCCAGGACAAUUACACCACCUUCGUACUGAGAGCGAAGGAAAUGGAUAACUCGGGCGCCAGCCGUGCCAGUAUCAUCAUGAAGGCCGGCGCUUGUGUGGGCGGUACCAUCAUUGGCUACCUCAGCCAAUACUUUGGCCGCCGGCGGACCAUCAUUGUUUCCUCGCUCAUCAGCGGCUGUCUGAUCCCCGCAUGGAUCCUUCCCAAUUCCGAGCGCGCGCUGUCCGCCACCGGCUUCUUCAUGCAAUUCUUCGUCCAAGGAGCUUGGGGGGUCAUCCCAAUCCACCUGAACGAGCUUGCGCCGCCCGCAUUCCGCUCCUCGUUUCCCGGAAUCACGUACCAGGUCGGCAACAUGGUGUCGUCCCCGUCCGCACAGAUUGUUAAUGCCGUGUCGGAGAAGAUCCACAUCAUCAGCCAUACCGGAAAGCUGGUCGAGGCCUAUGGCCCGACUAUGGGCAUUGCUACUGCGAUUAUUGUAAUGGGCAUCGUGGUCACCACGGCAUUUGGGCCCGAGAAGAGGGGUAGAGAGUUUGAGAAGGCACUGCCGGCGGGUAUGAACCUCCAAAAGCAGCAUGGUAAGCAGUUGGACGAUUUGGAGACGGGUCAUAUGGAGAUGGUGGCGAGUGAGUUGGAUGAUGAGAAGAGGGAGGGACGGGCAGUUCAGUAGAUGGAGAAUACUGCUGCCCCUGCCAAACAAUGAGCGUCGGGUGGCUUUCACAACACUUGGAAUCCAUGGUGAUGUUCCGGGGCAUGACGACUUCGUGUGCAUGUCCAUUUGAGAUAAUGUUCUCUUUACUUGGUAUAACCCGUCCUAUACAAGUAUUAUAUGAACUUCUCGUGUCCUUAUGCUCAGCUGAGGUCUUCUGAGUUCAUAGACUUGAAAACAAAAAGGGUGUUUCAAAAGACUUGAAGGCUUCUAGGGUCACGUAGCAUCUGGUAACUUGUGUACAUAAGCCGGAUCAUCUUCCUAGGUCAGCACUGUUCAGAGAAGACUUAUACCAUUAGAUUUUGUGAACCAC